AUGUUGGGUGACGUGAGAGGCACUACCUGCCUUUUUGCUGAAAAUGCUACCCAUGGUUGUAUGUGCCAGCAACAAGGGGGAAGGGGGCUUCGAGCGCUUAAAACAGCAGAGCCCGGGCCAUUUAAACUGACGUACAGGGCAGAUUUCCAGCUUCCGGAUCGCACCCGCAUGCCCGGAUGUAGGACACGUGUAGAUGGGCGCCAAUUGGGGCGCUAUCUGCUAUUCACCAGUAUUAAUUCGAGUGGCAACCAUCAAUCUGGCUCCAUGGACGAUGUCCUGGUAGCAGUGUUCAGACGUGCGCUUCAAGGAGUACUGCACAGCAACGUUCAUCCGGCGCGGCAGGCCAAGGGUCUUGGAACCGAGCCAACUGCCAGCCAAGCAAGUGGAGAUUGGCAUGCAGAGCCUGGUGAGAUGAAACACCGUGCCAAGUUGUACGCGGACGUGCUUAAGCAGUGGGAUGUAAAAUGCGCUACCGCCUUUCUACCGAACGAGCGUUGGGAGCUUGAUCGAUGGGCAUUGCAGUCCCAUAACGACGGGGGGGAAUCAAAGCCGUAG